UGGGAUGCUGUCAAAUUGACAGUUCGUGUUGGUGAUGUGCGUACGCUGUGUUUCAUUUGCUUUCCUGUGUGUGAUAAGAGCGUUUAUCAUAAUCGGUGUAAGAUAAUCAGUAGUAAUUAUCACAAUUAAUAACAUUGUUGGCAUCCUUUUACGGUGUAGAAAAGUGAUUGAAUGAACAAAAGUGCGGGCGACAUAACAAUUAGUUAUGUUGGAAGACAAUAAAACGCGUGUGGUGAUCGGUAAAUCUGCAGCGGAAUAAAUACAUCGAAUGACGCGCGCAUGAUGGCUACCGCAAAAUGGUGGUGUGAGCAAAUACUUGCGGUGAGCAAUGUUGUGCGGCUUAAAGCAAAUCGAGACCCGGUCGGUAGUCGUGUCGGCUACUCGCAAAUAGUGUGUUUACAGCGAUCGUUGCUAGCACCCGUGCAUCAUCUAGAUGAGUUCCGCAGGCCAAAAAACAAAGGUAAGGUACCUUUUACGGUUCCGAAGUUCGAUAUCCAAAUAUUGACUACUGUCUGGUUUCGUUCGGUUCUUGUGUUACGCAGCUCAGCACUAGUUCGCUCACUCGCACUGUCCGCUGCUACAUCCCAAAAGCAGCAAAAAAACCCUCCACUCCAUCCCGGGGCAGGUUCACACCACCCGGGAUUACGCCUGAAUUCCGAAACGUGUGAAGGCAUCGGUGCUCUCGGGAGCGGACGUUCUCUACCACGCCUACACGCCGGGAAGGUUUUGGGCCUUCUAGCUGGCAGCGCGAUCGGUGGUAUGAUGAUGCCCGCGCGUCACGGUUUUUCGGGUCGGUCUGGGUAAUGGCGAAACAAAGCACCAUUAGUUGGCGCUUGGAUACAAAAACUAUCGGGCGUGUAUGUGCAACGUGGUUUGCUGUUGCGUUCCCUCCAAAAAAAAAAAACAGUUCCGAGGCUCCUGUUUUUUUAUUAUUUGUUUAGUUUUUUUGAGUGCCUUUUACAACAAACUCCGCGUGGAGAAGGGUGCGCACAUAUCGAAACUUGUGCGUAACAAGCGUACGAACCCCCCCCCGGGGGCCUAGAUCCUCGUGUGAUCCUGCAUAUACAACUUCGAUCGUCCAUCAACCAUUCUGUUUGCCGACGUCCAUCAAAAGCGAGCCUGACCAGAUCUCGAGGAUCCUUCGGUUUUACAGUGGCAAACUUUUGUAGACUCAUGCUGCUAAAUAAGCGACCGGGGAGCGUCUAACCAACUAUUCACAAAGCAUUGCGAACUACAGCCGACACCCACACAGCCUGGUUUGGGGAGGGGAAGGGCCUGCUGACGGCAAUGAAGCUGGUUGUUUAAUUAUGAGCAGCGAAGGGCUGUGCCAUUUGCACAUGAAUAGUAAAUAGGACCGGCUAAAGGAGCAAAAGGUUUCCCGGUGCAGCAGGAGCACAAGUCAGCCGAUUUGUGAUGUUGAGUGAGCCCUCGCAAAAAAGGCUGCAUAAUACAAUGGAAAUGCGUCCAGCGUCCGGUGUCCUGGAGGUUAUCCUUUCGCGCUUGAACGUUAUACUGACUGUCAUCGAUUAGUUUGUCCGUGGGUAGGAACUAUUGUUCGGUUAUAAUUGGUGAACUGGACGUAUUGAAGUGUUAGUCCCUAGUGAUUUAGUAGUGACGUCGUUGUGUGAAGUGAAGUUGACCCAGGGAGUGUCCCUAUUUGUGAGUCCAUCUAGAAAACUGUACCAGAUGGAGCGACACGAUCCACGCCAUUUCUACUACAAUGAGGAUAUGCUCACGGAACAUCCGGGAUUGCGGGGAACACCGCUAGCAAUGCUGGCGGCACAGUGCAACAAACUGUCCAGCAAGUCGCCACCGCCGCUAGCGGAUGCGGCCGUCGGUAAAGGGUUUCACCCUUGGAAGAAGAGCCCAAUCUCGUCCGGUCCACACUCACCCUCGAACACACAGUCGGUCGGGCUGGGCGGUGGUAACGGUUCCGGUUCAGGUGUUAGUAGUGGCGGUGGCAACGGCGGCGGCGGAGGCGGUGGAGGACUUGGAGGAAAUUCUGUACUGCAGUCAUCGCUCGGGCGACUCUCGUCAUCCGGCAGCUCGUCCACAAUCAGCCCAAUGGCGAAUCUCACGACCAGUGAUCUGUACUUUUCCGGUGCAUCCGGAUCACCGGGUGGGUGUGGUGCGGAUAACGCCCAUCACACCCUGCAGCACGCACUAGGGGCGGCGGCGGCAGGCAAGGUAGGUGGCGAUGGUGGCGGACCGGGGCAGGCAAGCUCAACGGCGGCUGCGGCCGCCGCUGCCGCUGCCCAGCUCGGGUCCGUUUACGGUCGCCACCCGUACGACUGGCAUCCGUUCAACGCGGUCGGCAAGCCGGACGCGAACGGGCUGGGCGGCAACGGGGGCCACGGGACGCCGACCGGCUGGUGGGACAUGCAUGGGGCGGCCGGUAGUUGGCUCGACAUCGGCACUAGUGCCGCCGGUAUGCACGCGGCGACCAUGGCCAACUAUGCCGCGUCGGCGGCGGCCGCCUCGGUGAGCGGUUCCGAGCAUUACGCCUCCACCCUGACGCACGCGUCUCUCACCAACACCGCACACCUGCUCGGCUCCGGCCAGCAUCUGCUGCAGGAUAGUUGCUAUAAGAGCAUGCUCCAGCCGGGCGGCGUCGGCGUGAGUGUCGGCCAGUCGGCCGCCGGCGUCGGCGUGGGCGGGUUCGGGCUGGGUCCGCAUGCGGGAGGUUCGCCGGCACCGCCACCGAGCGCCCCGCAGGCACCGUCGCCGCGCAGUCAGCGGCGCUACUCCGGCCGGGCGACCUGCGACUGCCCCAACUGUCAGGAGGCCGAGCGGCUCGGGCCCGCCGGCGUGCACCUGCGCAAGAAGAACAUCCACAGCUGCCACAUACCCGGUUGCGGCAAAGUGUACGGGAAGACGAGCCACCUGAAGGCGCACCUCCGGUGGCAUACCGGCGAGCGGCCGUUCGUCUGCAACUGGCUGUUCUGCGGCAAGCGCUUCACGCGCUCCGACGAGCUGCAGCGGCAUCUGCGCACGCACACAGCCAAACACGUCAAAACCCACAACGGCGGUGCUAGCGGUGCGGGCGGUAGCGGCGGCGGUGGUGGCGGUGGUGGUGGUGGUGGUGGCGGCGGCAAUGGUGGUGGAGGUGGAAGUGCUGGAGCAGGAUCUGGAACUGGAAGUGGCGGCGGUGGAAGCGGUACCGGUGGAGGAGCGGGAGGCACUAGCUCGUCCGGGCCAAAUGGUAACAGUGGCAACGGAGCUGCCAGCGGUGGCAGCGGCUCUAGUGCCAGCAGCGGCAACAGUUCAUCCGGUACGAACGGUGGUGGGGGCGGCGGCGGAGGUAGCGGCGGUGGUGGUGGCAGCGAAGGCACCAAGAAGGGGACUACCUCACAAGCGCAGCAACCGAUGGACGCACACUGCAGCGACUCGGAGGAGGGCGGCGUGACAGGUGGGUCGGUGCCAGAUCACCUGCACGGUGGUCCGCUCGGUGGCCUGUCGGCGCCUCAUGGCGUGAUGGGAGGCGGUCCGCCCGGCAUGCUGGGUGGCGCGUCCUGCCAUUCGAUGGGCUCCCCGGGACUUUCCCACCCCCAGCAACAGCAGCAGCACCAUCAGCAGCAGCCAGGCUCCGGCACGCAUCACCAUCACCCGCAUUCGCAUCAUCCGCAUCACUCACAUCAUCAUCAUCAGCAGCAGCAGCAACAGCAACAUCAUCACCAUCAUCAUCAGCAGCAGCAGCACCACGCGCACACGCCCAGCCCGGGCCUGGAGCACGUCAACCAGCAGCAGAUGGAUGUGAAACCGGGCAUUGUCUGAGGCACGGUGCAGGCCGACCUGCUCGCACUGUUCGGACAGCGUACCGACAUCGUCAGAGCAGCAGAUUGGAUCUAAUCGUUAGGCUAGACCAGACCACUGUGACUGUGCCCAUCUGCAGGCGCGUCCAAAAUCGCAAGUAUUGUUGCUUCUGGACGAUCCCAAUCCAUACUCGAUCCGUCAACGCGAGCGUAUACACUUCGACCUUCGUAUACUAAUCGAGUACUAGCUUAAUGUCUGUAGGAAAUAGUGCAUUUUUCUUCCUUCCUUCUACUUAGAACAUCUUGCCGGCUGGACGCAUCUGAUCUAGCGUACGUGAAGCGUACUGCAGCGUAAAGAAGGUGAAGAAAUGACGUCUACAAAAGCGAAGACAUAAAAUAUGAACCAUAAAUAUGUUUACCUAACUUAAACAAACAAACACACACGUACAUAUAAAUUGUUAUUUUAUCCUCGUAAUUAUAAUUCGCUUUUUCUUCAAUCGUUUCGUCUCGUCAUGGCUCUUCGAGUUGUAAGAUGAAGCAAAAUCAAAAAAAAUAUUAAAUGAUCCAAAAUAUAUGUCAAACUUUGGACAUACCAUCGCACACGCUAGAGCGCGCGUGUAUGUGUGCUGUAAGGGUAUCACUGACAGGGUAGCUUUAGUAACUGUACAGCUGUGGAGUUCGUGGAGUACUAUUUCACGUAUGACCACAAACAUCCUGGAUGUUAGUGCAAGGUUUACGAUAAAUCGUUAUGUUUCUAGACCAUACCGGAAUGAGAUAAAACACCGAACAAUGUAUCGAAUACACUGUUGAGCGUGUACACGUAACACUUAAGCAGGCGAAGGGAUAUUAUAUAUUGUAUGCUAAAAACAUUCAAAAAAAAAAUCACAUUAACUGCAAAACAGCGACGAACCGUGUCCACAUGUGUGCUGGGUGUAAAAGUGAACUAAAACGGGAGAAAGUUAUUGGUUACUAAUUUAACUAUAAUCUCACUGAUUAAUGUAAGUCUUGUUAAAAAAAAACGGGGAUGUAUCACAUCCAACCAAACUGCAACAAGGCGGACGAGCGUGGCCAGAUAUGGGCUCAGAUGGAGAUGUGUGAGAAGCUGAAAAUAGGGUAAUAUAGCAACCGUGUCGAAAGCGAAGCAGAGCGAACGUUUUGAACAUGGGCAGACUAAGCAUGAAGAAAUUGCGAAAUCAACUUUAGGCAAACAAGUUUAGGAGAAAGGUCGUCGGGCAACGAAAAUUGACAAAAAAAGGCUAAAAAACGGUCUUUCGUUAGGCGAAAGGCAUUCAAAUACAUGUAUGGAAUAAUUGAAUCCUAAAAUGUAACAUACAAAAUUUGACAAAACACUCUACAAAUUAAGAAACAUUCAUGCAAAACAAACAAACAAAAAUGUAAAAACUUAUGCACCUUUAUCGAACAUUCAGGCCCCCUUUUAGGUGGAUGGUUUGUAGCAGAAUCUCGCUAUUGAUGAAUGAACGGCGUGAAUCGAUAGAUGUGUUCAAGCACAGAAGGAUAUUGCAAAACAAAACAAUAGGAACGAACUAUUUCUAUCUUUCGUCACACUUUGUUGCGACGGUAAGAUUGGUAUAAUUUUUAUUAUUAGUAGUAACUAUUUUAUUACCAUUAUUAUUAUUAUUAUUACCCUCCAUUGAUCCUGUAUCUCCCCCUUUUUGUUCUCGGCCCCCCCAAACCCCCCUCCCUUCCCACCCGUUUUUCGUAAUUAAUUAGGAUGAACUAAACAAUUUUCGUACGAAAUGAAUACAUGCAAGCAAAACAAAACUAUUGAUGGAUCGUAAAUAUACACCUUAUGACACACCCA